AAUAGGCGGUGGGUUAAUAAGUCAGUAAGAGCUGGCACACUGAGAGAGUCACCACUGAUGAACAAAAAGCAGAAGAGAGAAACAUGGACUACAAGAGUGGAUUAUGUUUUAUGAACUUUCUGAUUGUUGUCUUUGGCAUUUCUGAUUCUCAGUACUACUCUGUAGAUUUGGAUGAGCAGUUGUUUGAUACUGCACAGACAUUAUGUGGGUCUAAUGGCUUUCUGGCUAACAUACCUGACGAUGAAGAAACUGUAAAGAAGAUUCUGAAAGUCAUUGAGGACAAAGGAGACAGAACGUCAACUUCAUUCUGGAUUGGACUAAAAAAAGAAAAGACAAUGUGUGUUCAGGAAAAUCUUCCACUUAAAGGUUUCUAUUGGACUAUAGAUAACUCCACAAAUUUUGCUCUUAAUAAAUGGAAAACAGAACCAAGCCUUACUUGCACAAAUGCAUUGUGUGGAUUUCUUUCUGUGGAAUAUAGAGGCUCUACAGUAGCCAGCUGGGGAUUAGCUGCUAUGUCCUGCCAGAGGAAACUUCCCUUUAUUUGCAAAAAUUAUGGAUCAAGUAAAGAAAUAGCAUGUUCUUUACCGCCAAAUAUAACAGGAAUUCAUGAAAAAACAGUAAAGAAUAGUGACCCAUAUACAAUUUGGGUCUCUUGCAAAGGCAUGGACACUUUUGUGCUGACCUGUUCAAGGACAACCGGUAAAUGGAAGCUGGUAGGUGGCACAGAGAUAGACAUACAAGGACUUUGUAUUGAAUGUAAAACUGGCUACAAAAAAAAUAAAGAUGGAAGUUGCGUGGAUGUAGAUGAAUGUCAGCAGCCCAAUAUAUGUCAAUUAAGUUGCACUAAUACAGUAGGCUCAUAUAUGUGUGGCUGUACGGAUGAUGAAGACUCAGAACAAUGCAAGGAAGCAAAAAAAUCCAUUAUCACACCAGCCCCUGAUGCCUUUAACAAUGUAAAGGAUACAUCAACCUCCACUUCCAUGGACAAGAAGCCGACUCCUUCAACUCAACCUGCUGUACGAAGUACUACUAAAAGUGCAGUUCUUACUGGGGAAAGUACUGGGGACCUGUCAAAUAUUGUCAUCCCUGUAAUUAUAGCUUUGCUGAUCUUUGUGGUGCUGGUUGUGAUUAUUGUGGCCAUUGUGAAAUACUGCCUCAUGAGAAGAGCUAAAAAACGGGCAAAGAAAAGGGCAGCAGACUUAAAAGAAUCAGUUGCCCUGAAUGGAUCGGACUCUAUGGAAAAAGAUAAGCUUUGGAUCUCCCGCCACCAUGACCAAAAAGACUAAAGAAGAUAAAUGAAUGAACAAACAUCAAAUAUUGUGAAAGUGCUCAUUGCCAAUACCUGAUCUACACUGGGUAAUCUAAUACAAUCACAAGGGUUCAGUGGCAUCUUGGGAGGAUCUACAGGAACAAGCCUGAUUAAACCUGUUAAACGGAGAGGGUUAAA